AUGCUGUCGUCGUUGGCCGCUUCCAAGCGCCGCUACCUGUCCACAUUCAAUCCGUCGACGGUGUCUCGCCUUUUGGAUCAUGAUAAUCAUGACACUCGCGCCAAACUGCGGGAACUGUUCAAAGACCCACUCUACCGCCCCAAGUAUAACAUUCCCCUCGAUCAAGAGCGAGAGCUGGCGUACCAACGUCUGAAAAAGUUAUGCCAAAGCGGCAUCAUCUCCGUGAAGGACUUUCGCACGAACCCUCGAAACAUCUUCACCACGCACGAAAUUGCAGGCAUGUGCGACGGCGCAAUGGCAACAAAGAUGACGGUGCAAUUCAAUCUCUUUGGCGGAACUGUCUUGAAGCUCGGAACGGACCGACACCACGGCGCGUUCCUCGACGGCAUCGACCGAUUUGAAAACGUCGGGUGCUUCGGGCUAACGGAACUUGGAUACGGCAAUAACGCAGUCGAAAUGGAGACGACGGCGACGUACGAUGCGGCCAAAGAAGAAUUCAUCAUUAAUACGCCCUCGACAAAGGCGCAGAAGUAUUGGAUCACCAACUCGGCUCUACACGCGCAAUAUGCGGUUGUGUUUGCACGGUUGUUGACGGGCGGCAAGGACGAAGGCAUCCACGGUUUCCUCGUACCCACUAGAGACUUAGCAUCGCAUGAGGUCCUUCCCGGCGUCAAGAUCUGGGACAUGGGCCACAAGAUCGGCGUGAAUGGGGUCGACAAUGGCGCGCUCUGGUUUGAUAACGUGCGGAUUCCACGGGGGAACUUGCUUAACAGCAUGUCCGACGUGGCUGCAAACGGAGAUUUUACGAGCUCUGUGACGAGCAAGCGCGGUCGAUUCCUCGUGUUGGCGGACCAAUUGCUCAGCGGUCGCGUCUGCAUUGCGUCCAUGUGCAUGGGUGGGACCAAGAUCACGCUUGCCAAUGUCGUGCGGUACUCUUUGUCUAGGUUGGCGGUGGGAGAGACGGGCAAGUCGGACACACCGAUCAUGAAGUACCAGCUGCAGCAGCGCAGCAUUGUGCCACUGAUUGCUUCGACGUACGCGUUGAACUUUGGCUUGAACUAUGUCAAGGACAGGUACUGCUUGUAUGCUGGCCAGUCAAAGGACGAUCACACGGAAGUGCUACAGUUGUGCUGCAUCAUCAAAGCCCUCGUGACAUGGAACAACGAGCAAGUGGCGACCAUCGGCCGCGAGCGAUGUGGUGGUCAAGGGUAUUUGUCUGCCAAUCGAUUCGGGGAGGCCAUUGCGGGGGCCCACGCAGGCAUCACGGCCGAAGGAGACAAUCGAGUGCUCACACAGAAAGUCACCAAGGAACUGCUCGCUACCGUCAAGCGACUGGCCCUCCAAGUCCCGUCAGAUGUGACGAGUGCCGAGGGGCAACUGCGCUUGUUUCGAAUCCGUGAAAAUUACUUGCUCCAUGGGCUGGCAGCGCGCUUGCACAAGGCCAAGACAAACAAGGAAUCGCUCUUCAACACGUGGAUGUUGAACGAAUCGGACGCGAUUCAAGCUGCGGCGGUUGCGUAUGGAGAGCGCAUGGUCCUCGAAAAAACUGUCGAAGCAGUUCAAUAUGCUGAACCGUCGGAUCGUCACACGCUGAACUCGAUUCGAGCGCUGUAUGGUCUGUCCCGUCUGGAGAAAGACUUGGGCUGGUUCACUGUCAACGAGAUCUUAACCCCUGCGGCCGGAAAUUCCGUGAUUGCUGAAUCGCAGGCCAAAUGCAAAGAAUUGGGGGCGAUCGCUGAAGACUUGGUUGAAGGAUUUGGCAUCCCGGAGCAUAUGCACCACGCCCCGAUUGCCACCGACUGGAUCCAGUACAACGCGACUCAAAACAACGGCGAAAUCUAG